AUUCUUCAGGUCUGUGAGUAAAUCCCCAUGGCUGGAAGACAGACGCACCGAAUGGACAGCGGUAGUUGCUCCGGGGCGGCGGUGGAUGACAGCCCUGCAUCCAGUCCGAGCUCCAGUCCCAGUCCGGACGGUCGUAAUCGGGAGCUCCAGCGGGCCAGGGCGCUCCAGAGCGGCGGGCUCGGCGGCAGAGGACGCCCGGCAGCAGCGAACGCAGCGCGGGAGAGGAGCCGAGUGCAAACCCUGAGGACCGCGUUCCUGGAGCUACAAAGAACUUUGCCCUCCGUGCCGCCGGACACCAAGCUGUCCAAACUCGACGUGUUGAUACUGGCCACCACCUAUAUUGCCCAUUUGACUCGAACACUGCAAGAAGAAGGCACGGAGGAGGGAGAGAGCACAAAACAAACAGAGGCGUUACACUCAUUGAAAGGUGACGGCUACCUGCACCCAGUGAAGAAAUGGCCCAUGCGCUCCAGACUGUACGUCGGAGCAAGCGGACAGUUCCUCAACUCAAAUCCUUCAGAGUCAGAGAAUCAAGGCCCAUCAUCGUCCACCUCGCAGUAAUAGCCUUAAAUCAUUUGUAUGAAACAAUUUUUGCAUGAUUUCAUGCUGUUGCAAUCGCAAAUGCAUUAUGAUCGUGGACCUGAUUUUACUCCCACUAAAGCAUACCAAUAGACAUUGUAAAUUAAUAUAUUACGUGAAUUUUAUUGUAUAAAUUCUGAGAAAGCAUACAUUAUGUUUCUCUGUUUGUUAUUUUGACUAAUCCUGUUUGCCUGCAUUGUGCAGCUCCGUACAUGUCCCAGGUAUGAUAUUUGUAGAAAUUCCACGGGAUAAUGAACCCGUCAUGCUUGAGGUGUGCACUUUCAGUUGAAACAUUUGCACUAAAUGCAUGUGUGAACAACUUAACAUCUGUCAUGUGAAGUGGUCUGUCAGAGAGUCAACAAUGGUGGCUCUUCGUCUCAUGUUCCUCCUUAUUUUUACAUGCA